AUAGCAUAUUUUAGGUGACACUAUUUACAUUUAAAAAUAUUUUAAGUAAUAUUUAUUAAGUACACAUGUAUUAGAAUCGAGCGACUAUUGAGAUCGUGCAAAAAAAACAUGUUUACUACAUUAUAACAAUGAAUAUUAUAUGUUGCAUAGUAAUUCUAAUGUUGACUAUUGAUAAAGGUGUCACAAGUGCCGAGCAGCUUAUCACAUAUAAUAUUUCCCAAAGUAAUAAUUCCGUUUACAAUCCCAGUUCGCGAAGAACCAGUAAAUUUCUCUUCGAUACCAUUUUCCGAAUUAGUUCCGGAGUAUCAAAUGCCUUUGGCUUUGAAACGGAUGAUGAGACGGAAUAUGUAGAAAACGAAAAUCUAUCAACUUGUGAUUGUGAUUGUGGUUUUUCAAAUGAGGAAAUAAGAAUCGUCGGUGGUAAACCGACCGGAGUAAACCAAUAUCCAUGGAUGGCUCGCAUCAUUUAUGAUGGCAAAUUUCACUGUGGCGGAUCAUUAUUAACUAAGGACUAUGUUCUCUCGGCGGCUCAUUGUGUCAAAAAGUUACGCAGAUCGAAAAUUCGAAUUAUAUUCGGAGAUCACGAUCAAGAGAUUACUUCUGAGUCGCAGGCAAUUCAAAGAGCUGUCACUGCGGUUAUCAAGCAUAAGAGCUUCGAUCCGGACACCUAUAACAAUGACAUUGCACUAUUGAGGCUUCGAAAGCCAAUAGUUUUUUCAAAGAUUAUCAAGCCUAUAUGUUUGCCCCGCUAUAAUUAUGAUCCAGCAGGUCGAAUUGGCACCGUCGUUGGCUGGGGUCGAACCUCAGAAGGCGGCGAAUUGCCCUCGAUUGUGAAUCAAGUUAAAGUUCCGAUAAUGUCGCUUGCCGAAUGUCGCAAUCAGAAGUAUAAGAGUACACGAAUAACGCCAACUAUGCUGUGUGCUGGAAGACCACGCAUGGAUUCAUGUCAGGGCGAUAGUGGAGGACCCCUCUUACUAUCAAAUGGAGUGAAAUACUUUAUUGUAGGCGUCGUAUCCUGGGGUGUAGGUUGUGGAAGAGAAGGUUAUCCUGGUGUUUACACACGCAUCAGCAAAUUUAUUCCCUGGAUAAAAGCUAAUUUAGAAAAUACUUGUUUGUGUUCAUAGUUAAUCGUUGCUGCACUCUUAAACAAAAAAAAAUAAAUUAUUGACAAACCA